CCUGCUGCCCCCCGGCCCCCCGCCGCCAUGCAGGUGUCCAUCGCCUGCACGGAGCAGAACCUCCGCAGCCGGAGCAGCGAGGACCGGCUGUGCGGGGGGCGGCCCGGCCCGGGGGGCCCCAACGGGGGCGGGGGCCACGCCAACCCCGCCGGGCCGCCCCCCGCCCCCAAGGCCCGGGGCGCCCCGGCGUCCGGCCGCUCGCCCGGCCCCCCCGCCUCCGGACCCCUGCGGGAGACCACGGGGCGCGCCACCGGCAUGAAGUACAGGAACUUGGGAAAAUCUGGUCUCCGGGUCUCCUGCCUCGGCCUUGGCACCUGGGUCACCUUUGGUUCCCAAAUCUCCGAUGAGAUGGCCGAGAACGUGAUGACCGUUGCUUAUGAGAACGGGGUGAAUCUGUUCGACACGGCCGAGGUGUACGCGGCAGGGAAGGCGGAAAGGACUCUGGGAAAUAUCCUGAAGAACAAAGGCUGGAGGAGAUCCAGCUAUAUCGUCACCACCAAGAUCUUCUGGGGCGGCCAGGCAGAGACGGAGCGGGGCCUGAGUCGGAAGCACAUCAUCGAGGGACUCCGGGGUUCCUUGGAGAGACUCCAGCUCAGCUAUGUGGACAUUGUCUUUGCCAAUCGCUCUGACCCCAACAGCCCAAUGGAGGAGAUCGUCCGAGCCAUGACCUACGUCAUCAACCAGGGCCUGGCGCUCUACUGGGGGACGUCCCGUUGGGGGGCCGCGGAAAUCAUGGAAGCCUAUUCUGUCGCCCGGCAAUUCAACUUGAUCCCACCGGUGUGUGAGCAGGCCGAAUAUCACCUCUUCCAGAGGGACAAGGUGGAAACCCAGCUGCCUGAACUUUACCACAAGAUUGGUGUGGGCUCCGUCACCUGGUCCCCUCUGGCCUGUGGCCUCAUCACCAGCAAGUACGACGGGAGAGUCCCAGAAACCUGCCGAGCCGCCAUUAAGGGUUACCAGUGGCUGAAGGACAAGGUGCAGAGUGAGGAUGGGAAGAAGCAGCAGGCCAAGGUCAUGGACCUGCUACCCAUCGCUCAGCGGCUCCGCUGCACCGUGGCCCAGCUGGCAAUUGCCUGGUGUCUCCGCAGUGAGGGGGUGAGUUCUGUCCUCCUGGGGGUCUCCAGUGAGGAGCAACUGUUGGAGAAUUUGGGAGCCUUGCAGGUUCUGGGUCAGCUGACCCCUCAGACGGUGCUGGAAAUCGACGGGCUCCUGGGGAACAAACCGCACUCCAAGAAAUAGUCCUCAGCGUAAGAAGACCACAGCCGGGGCCUUGUCACACUUGGCCCUUUCCCCUGCUCUGGCCCCCUUGCGCCUGCCCUGGUCCCCCAAAUCCCUCUGUGCUCUGGGCUGGCCCCACCCACAAAGGAGCCUCGGCCUCCGCGGCUGCCUAACGCAUGACCAAACAGCCAUAUUGCGCCGCAGCGGGGUUGAGGGGAGAGAAAGCAGUCCCCGUCUACCAUGCCCACCCCUUCCUCCUCGGCCCCAUCGCUUCUCCCGGGCAUGAGCUACGGGACCGAUACCCCCCUCCCUACCCCUCCUGACUCGCUGCCCAUCCCUGCCUCCGGCGACAAGAAAAUGGGACAGGUGAGAAGUGGCCCAGUGCUGUCAACUAAGAUCCAAGAAGGCGCCAACUGGAGUCGCCGCAGGAAAUAAGGAUGGGCCUGAUGGGAAACGGAUGGCUGGAAUCCCGCGAGCGGGGCUCGGAGUACCUGGAAGGGGAUUUGGACAUCACUGGGGAACUCAGGAAGUGAUCCUAACCCUACGAGAUGGUGACCACUCAGUGGCGUGGGACACCGAGAGUGAGGCAGAUACGUAAGAAUUAGCUGGGGGAUUUAUUUUUGUGACGCUACGUGUGGUGUGGCCAAACAGGAAGUGGAUGGGAAUCUGUCGGGGGGCCUAGAAAAUGGCCCUCUGCCUAACAGGAAGUGAAUCCUGACGUGUUCGGGACUCAGGGACCUGGCGGGAAGUGGCUCGGUGAAGCCAGCGUGGCUCAAGGAAGCAUGGCAGGACCUCACGGGAAGUGGAUGGAGGUAUUACUUGGGAUACCGGACGCUGCCCGGCCUGGCGGUGGGGGAGGGCAGACAUUUUCCUCAUGGCAAUAACCCUAAAGCAAUAACGAUGGCCCCUCCCCCGCGGGGCAUCCCAGGGAACUGUAAAUAAAGUCCCAGCUUCCCCCUCA